UUGUACAAAUUUAGCAAUGGCCGGAGAAUUGAUUCGUCUUGAUAACCAGCACAUAUCCGUCGAACAAAUGAAAAUGUCUGUAGAUCGGAUAUUGGAAUGCUAUAUCCGGAAUAUGCAUGGUCCUCCAUCACCGUUGGUAGAGAAUUACCUGCGGGAAGCAGGUUUUUGGCACGUGGCGACGGUAGGCCGGGGAUGGAAGUUGGACCCGAAACUUAUCAGUGCGUUGAUCGAGAGGUGGAGACCCGAGACGCACACAUUCCAUCUUCCAUGUGGAGAGUGCACUAUCACUUUGGAAUAUGUCAAUCUGCAAUUGGGAUUGCCGGUGGACGGGUACCCAGUCACCGGGUCUGUUCAAUCUGGCGAUUGGGGAGCCGUGUGCUACGAGCUGUUGGGCGUUAUUCUGGAAAAAAUUAACAGAGGUCGGAUCGAGAUGGGCUGGUUAUGA